CGUAGCGAUGCUUCCCAUAUUGUGAAAAUUAGCUACAAGUACUCGGAAUCGCUUCAUAGGGCCGUUCGUAACUACGAGCAGAAUCAGUUGUGGGUGCGAGAGCACAGGGAAGGGUUCGAGAGGGUCCUUCGUUAUGCGGAGUCCCAUCAUACGCAACAAAUCCGCAUCGAAACCGAACUCGGUUGGCCCCUUUCCAGGCUGCGAUCUGGAGCUGGCGCGGGUCAGUUUGUACGAUGCAGUCGCUUCGAUUUGGACUGGCUUCAGCAGGCUGGCAAGUUUGAAUCUGGAAGAGUGCCACAUAUACUCUUGUGGCGACCCGAAAUCGGAAUUCGAUUUGUUUGCGGAAUUCCCCUGUUUGAAGAACUUGGUCCUCGUGGACUGCAAUUUCAUCAAUUCCGGCAAGUGUUUCAAGAUAACCGGACCGCAACUGGUGAACCUGGAAAUCCAUGGUGUGAAGAAAUUAGGUUGUGCUAGAGUUGAAAUAGCUGCUCCGAAGCUCAAAUCUUUGAGUUUGGUCUUGUACCUGGAUGUUCCGAAAUUCUCCAGGUUCAGCCUUCCUUUGCUUGAUCACGCCAAUUUGGGGAUCAAGAUCGCGCCUUACUUUCUUGAGGAGAGGAGAAGGGUACUGACUGCCAGUUUUGUCACCCUGUUCCAAGCUCUGCACAAUGCAGCUUCCCUGCGAUUCGAUAAUCAUAUCGUUGAGGCAAUGAGCAUGAUUUGUGAUGGGUUGAAGCAUUAUCGAUGUCCCUUUACUCGAUUGCAAUGCUUGAAAGUGCCACGCAGUAGGGAGCCCGAAACUAUACCGGAUCAACUCAUCAGUUACUUCCUUAAGGGUUCUUCCAGUACAAACGCAGGGUUUCUUCAGUUUGUAUAAGGUGAUUGCAGUUUGAUAGUGCUUCAUUUAUCUGUCCUUUUUCCUGCUGUGGUAUGCUAUGCCUUUUUUUAUUUUGAAUGAUCACUAUGUUGCUUUUUCCUUGACAACCAGCUUAUGUAAUGCCUUCUUUCUGUCUUAACCUUUUACAAUGUGCAGCCUACCUUUGCUUUUGCAACUGUUGCUAACUUGCAGGAGUUAGGCUCUCGUGGAUGCUUUACUAUUGUUUGCGUGUUUACUCGUCAACGUUUCUUUGCUGUGGUAGGCAGUUCUUAUUCUCUAAUGACAUCUCUUACUAAUGUCAUGUUCUUGUUUGUGUAGCUCGUCCAAUAUAACGAACUGUGGAUUCUCGUAUGCAACCUACAGGUGGAAUCUGGAAGAGAAAUACAGAGGUGGUUUUCUAGGAUUUUGGUAAAAUCUUAAAUUUUGGAUGGAAGGAUUAAGGUAGAUUUUGUUAUUUUGUGUUGGAUUUUAGAGAUUAUUUGUUCGCUUGUUCGAUUUAUAAUGGGUUUUAGUAGAGUAAAUUUAUGAGUUGAUU